AUGGACGAUACGGCCACCACCUCUGCGAUCCUGGACAUUCUCUCCUCAAUAUGCCUCUCUCCCGGACACUCCAAUGUCAAGAAACACGUCUCACCGUCCUCUUUGCGCUCGCAUCUGCCCCACGUUUCGUGUCAGUCGACUCCGAAAUCUGUGAACAAAAGGAAACUGUCAAAUUCUUCAGACCCGCUCAUACUGAACAAAUCGCCAAAAGUCAAUAGACUCGCAACAACAGACCCAUUCAACAAGAACACGCUCGAUGAGCGAAUCAACUCGUUCAAUAUUCUCAACUGGUCCAUCGAGGACGACAAACUUAAUCCUCUCGAAUGCGCGGUGAACGGCUGGCAAUGCCACAAGCGAAAAAACGAGCUGCACUGCCACUACUGCAACGCGGUGCUGCUGAUACGCCUAAACCAGCACAAAGACAAAAACAACAUCAUUACUAACUUUCUGUUUGUGGAAGACGAGGAAGCAGAGGAGCAGUUUCUUAAAGUGCGCGAACAAUUAAUCCGCUCGUAUCUCCGUCGGCUACGUACAGAUCACUAUCCAGGAUGCAUGUGGAGGAACUCCAACUUGGAUGUGGGGUUGGUCAAAAAGCAGUACCAUAUGAAGAUCAGCGAUAUGAACGACAUACUGGAGCAAUAUCAGAGUAAUCUUGAUAACCUCAUCGAUCACCAAGAGAUUAUCAUGCUGAAAAGCUAUACUACAGACGUACUUAACAAGUCGCAAAUUGAGAUCUUGCAAACGUACAACUCGACGAACCUGAUACUAUCCAUGGUGGCUCUUUUUGGAUGGGAACUGAAACAACAGAGAUUCGGAACAAAGAAUUUGGCACUUCUCAAAUGUCAUAAGUGCACGAGGCGAAUACUUCUUGGGGAAUUUGAAAACCUGGAUCACACAGAGCCGCUCAAACCAGUCAGCUAUCCGCCUGAAAUAAGCAAAGAGGACUCGGACAUCAACUUGCUCACAGAACAUGAAAACUGGUGCUGCAUGGUGACCGAAUUUAGUAACCAGAAAGGCUAUGAAGUUGUGUUGACGACCCUGCAAAGCGUGUCGCCGUCCGGUGGCCCCGAAGGUAUGGAGGUCGAGCAAGACCAUUCCUACAGUUUUGACUCCACGAUGGCGCUUCUUCGUGAGUUCAAUUAA